GGCUGUGUUACUGCCCACUUUUACGCCACCCGUUCUAGUUCUAACGUUGCCUCCCACCGCCCCUUCCAUGUUGUAAAAAGUCGUGUCUGUGUGUGUGUGUGCGUUGUCUCCAGGCAAGCGCGAGAGACUCUGUGUAGGGACAGGAAGAAGGAGAGAGAGAGAGAGAGAAAAAGAGAGAAAGAAACAGAAAGAAGAUAGAUAAAUAGAUAGACAGAUAUAUAUGUAUGUAUAUAUAUAUAUAUAUAUAUAUAUAUAGUCAGGACUAGGGAGAGAAGGCUGGAAAGGAGGUAAGAGAGAGAAGGUGGAAGGAAAACGGAGAGAAAGAAAGAAGAUAGAUAGAAAAUGGAGGACGCGAGUUGCACAGGCGAGCCAGCCUUUGCGUUCGAGCAGCAGUGGCUAUGUUGGGUUCCUUCGAUACGACGUGGAUCUUCGGCAGCUUGAAUGUUUUUUGCUCGUCUCGAACAAUAUCACGACGACGUCGUCUGUGACGACUCCAAAGUGCCUCUAUUGUGUCGUUCAUCUUUGAAAAACAUUGUCGUUUGCCACUCUCUCCCUCUGUGUGACCCUGUCUAAUCGCCAUUUUCCAAAGACGGAGAAUGUUGCCGUCCAGCAGCAGCUACCGACCGGUAUGACGACUUGAUCGAGUUCUGGAACAGUUCCCUGUGUGUCUGUGUCUGUGUGUGUGAUCGUGCGUUUUUCUGGUGUAACGAAACAACAGCCGCACGUUUAACAAAGAAGAAGAAGAAGAACAAACAUAAUUUUGAAAAAAAAAAAAAAAUCAGCCUUCAGUGCGAACAACUCCGCGAGUGUGUGCGCGUUUUACCUCAUUAUUAUUAUUAUUUUUUUUUUUUUUUACCCCUUCAAAGGCGUCGCUGUGAUGUGCAGUGCUUGGUUAUGCUGACGGAUACCGCAUUCCUGGAUGAUGCACAGAGUUUGGGUGCAAUUCCAUGCGAGUCGCUAUCGUCCGAGCCGUGCUGGGCCAACAUGAACACGCUCAGCAGCGGCGGCGGAGGUGGUGGCGGCAGCGGCGGCAGCAGUACCAGCAACAGCCCCGGUCUCGGCAACAACAACAACAACAAUACGACGUCGUCGUCCUCGCCGACCGGCAACAGCAGCGGUGGCGCUGGCGGCAGCAACGGCCUUACCGGCACCUCGGCUGCUGCCAUCAAAAAGCGGCGCAAAUCCGACACGAAGCCCAUCUCGCAGAUCAACAAGUGUCUCAACGAAAAACGGCGUCGGGAGCAGGAAAAUGUCUACAUUGAAGAGCUGGCCGAAUUGAUUUCAGUCAGUAUUGCGGACGUCAACUCGCUCUCGGUCAAGCCGGACAAGUGCGCCAUUUUAUCAGAGACGGUGAAGCAGAUACGCGACAUUCGCGAACACGAAGAAGACGGACGGAGUUCGAGCAGCAGCAGCAGCAGCACCAGUUCGAAUGGUAGUGGCACCAACAGUUCUGGCACGAGUUCAGCCAAUAGCGGAACAGGAGGAGCCGCAGCGGCGGCGGCGGGGGGAGCCGUAGGAGGUGGACAGGGCAACAACACGACGUCGGCCGGCGGCGCGCUGACUGAUGGCGGCGAUGACGUUUUGCUUCAGCAAGGCGACGUGUCCUCGUCGAAACCGGCUCUACUGGACACGCAACUGUUGGGCACGUUCCUGCUCGAAGCCCUCGACGGCUUCCUCUUUGUCGUCAACACGGAAGGCAAGACGGAGUACGUCUCGGACAAUGUGGCUCAUUUCCUCCACUACCGGCCCCAAGAUCUCGUCGGCAAGUCCAUCUACAACUUUAUCCAUCAUGGAGACCACGCCCGAUUCUCUUCAUCACUUCUACCUACGGCCAUCGCGUGGCCGAGUGAAAUGGCGCCAACGUCGCAGAACAGGAUAGGCCGCUGUUUCAAUUGCCGAUUGCUGAUCCAGCCGCUUGGCGAGCAAGAUGAAACGAUGGAGGAGAAACAGCAGCGAGUCGAGCACUAUGAGAACAUGCAAAUAUCUGCCGUUCUCCAGCCGUAUCCAGCGGACGGUGGCGGCCAACACCAGCAACACCAGCAGCAGCAGACGACGAAGAAGAACAGCGGGACAGCGGCAGCUGCGGCGGCGGCCGCCGUCGGCCUGGAGGCGUCCGACUUGGAACUGGCCCUGACGUCGGUGGCCAGCGGCUCGCUGGGAGGCGAUCCGCAGCAUUGCCUCGUCUGCGUCGCCCGGCGGAUCCCUUCGACGGAGAAGAUGGCAGCGGCCAACCCAACGGCUGGCGGUCCAAUCGUGGAACAGUUCACCACCAAAUUGGACCCGAGCGGCAAGAUCGUGGCCGUCGACGUGACUGGCGUUUCUUCGCCUUACAGUUCCUACCUGAGCAAAGAGGCGCUCGUCUCGUGUACGAUCCAGGAGCUCUGCUACCCCGACGAUUUGCCCGUGUUCCAGGCGCAUCUGCAGGAAACGCUGCAUUCCGGCUGCGGCAUCAGCUCCCGGUAUCGGCUCCGAUUGUCCGCCGGCUCCAGCCUGAUGGGCCAUCGUGGCACCGGAGGCGGCGGCGGCUUUCUCGUCGUCCAGACCAAGUCGAAACGUUUCAUUCACGGCGAUACGCACGAGACGGACUUUAUCAUGGCCACGCAUUCCAUCAUCGUCGAUGACGACGGUGAAGAUGUCGACGCUGGCAACAACAGCGGCAGCAGCAGCAACAACACCACCACCAACAGCAGCAGCAGCAGCAGCCGAAUGAUGUUGUUGGCGGCCGCGAGCGACACGCUCACGGACGGCCACCGCCAAUCGGAAUCGACGGGCAGCAGCAGCAGCCUCAUCAUCAGUCAGCAGCAACAGCAGCAGCAGCAGCAGCAGGGCAACCCGGUGCUCACGAGUGUCGUCCGCCACGAUGUGAUAUCGGCCACCAGUUUCGGCAACAACGGUGGCAGUGGCGCACUUGCUUCCACGACGAGCACCACCAUUUCCUCCUCAUCCUCAUCCUCCUACUCCAGUACCUUCGCCGGACUAAGUCUGGGAACGAGCGGCGAUCUUCUCAAUGAUUUUGUGGUGCCCGACCUCUUUAUGGCUUCGCCUCCGUGGGCCGGCGGCGAUUUCAACACGAGCGAGUCGAGCCUGGACGACGGCGGUGGCGGCGCCGCGCUGGCCGCCGCCUCGGCCGCCGCUUCGGCCGCUGUCGCCGCCGCUGCUCAAAUCACCAACAGUCACCACUUGCAGGCCGCCGCGGCCGCGUCCAGCCUGCAACUGUCGCUUCCGUCGCCUCUCUCGCUCAUGCCGUCGGGCGGUCCCCUCUUGGCCGGCCAGCUGCCCCAUUCCGUCGGCGGGAUGAUCAACUGGGGCAGCCCUCCGCCGUCGGCGGGCGCGGGUGGGGUGGCAGGACAACGAGCCGGCUCCACGCCGUGCGGCCAAAUGCCGGCCGUGCUGGGCUCGUCGCGGCCCAGCUCGCGACAGAGCGCCUCUUCGACACCGCGACCGCCCAGUGUCUCUCCAGCCUUCAGUCCGGCCCCCAACUCCGUCCUGGGUGUCGUUCACCCGUCACCCGUGCUCAGUCCAAUCGGUGCCAGCGGCAUCCAUUCGGCCGGAAUGUCGUGCGCCAGUGGCUUGGUCACUGGCUCCACCUCGUCGUCGUCGGCUGGCCAACAGCAACCCAGCCCGGCUAGCAUGACGACACCCUUUAGCAACAAUUUCCCGUUCAGCCCUCUCCAAGAUCCGAUUGCCCAGCAUCCGGCAGCGGGCCCGCAGACCCACAAUCCGGGCACCCCUUUCCUGGACGAAGUGCGUGAUUCCAAGGACGGAAUCAUCUCGUCCGGCGCUGGUGGUAACGUUGGCCACGGUCACACCUACCUGUCUAGUGGGUCUCACCACCAGCAGCAGCAUCAGCAACAACCACAACAGCAACAGCAACAGCAACAACAACACUCGAGCGACAAGCAAAUGAGCACCCUCAGUAGUUUAUUAAACAGUAAUGACGCUACCGCGUCGUCAUCAUUGUCUUCUUCUUCUUCUUCGUCGUCGUCGUCGUCUUCUUCAUCAUCUACUUCGUCUUCGUCCUCCUUGGCCGAAUCUGGCCGGUUACGCAUUUUGCUCAUGCAAAGACCGGGCAACGCUCCGGCACCCUCAUCCCAUCAGCAGCAGCCAGGUCAUUCUAGUAGUGGUGCUGGUGCUGGUGGUGGCAGUAGCAACAACAACAACAACAACACAAGUGGCAGUAGCAGCAGCAGCAGCAGCAGCAGUGUCAACGGGAGCCAUCUGUUGGCGGCUUUGGGCGACGGUGAUGGCGUCAAACGCGAAAAAGAGGAAAAUAGCGGCGCGGCCUCUUGUGGCACGUUGAGCGUCACCAAGGGCAGUCACGGCAACCGCAUCCUCAAAGGGUUGCUGAACCAGGACGAUGGCGAUGAAGCUGAUCAAGCGGACGAUACGAGCAACCAUCGCUUCUUGUUGGCGGCCAGAGGCAACCAUUCGGGAGAUGGAGCCAAGACCGGUAGCAGCGCCGGCAACAGCAUCACCAUCAACAACAACAACAACAAUAAUAACAACAACAACAACAUGCUGCACAAGUUGUUGAACGUGAGGAGUGAUGAUGACGGCGAAGCGGAAAAGUUGGGUCUGCGCAAGCCCAACGAGUUGCUAAAGAAACUGCUCAAGGAACCCGACGAGGAUCACCAACAGGCAAGUGGAAACGGCGGCAGCAGCAGCAGUGCCAGUGGCGGCACCGGAAGCGGUGGCACGGCCAACCAGCUCCAGCAAUUUCACCACCAACGUCAACAGCAACAACAACAGCAGCAGCAGCAGCAACAACAGCAACAACAGCAACAGCAACAGCAACAAAAUCAACAUCAUCAUUCAGAUCAGGUGUCGUUCCAGGAAGACCAAUUACUGAAAUCGUUUGGUUUCCCAUCACCGACGGCCUCGUCAGGUUCGUCUACGGCAGCAACGGUCGCAACGGGACCUUUGGCCAACAUGUUGGGUACCAGUCAAAUGACUCAUCUCAAAUCUCCUCAACCGCCAGGCAUGUCGAGCCACUGCGACGGAUUGUUGGAGUUUGGCGGAGUUGGUUGCAGCAGCACGACCGCCAGCGGCCUGGUGUUUGGUGGCAACGCUGCCGGUGGUGGAGCCAGUGGGAUGCGAGGGACGAAACGUCACAGCGAAGAGGCCCGUGAAGAAGUGAAAGCGAGUAAAGAGCCGAUGCUGAACGCCGACCACCUGAUGAUGUCUGGAGGCGGAGGCGGGGUUUUGCACCAGCUGUUGGGUCCUCCGCUACCGUCGACGGCGUCGACGUCAUCCUCUUCUUCUUCCGCCUCUUCCUCGUCUGCUUGCCCUUCUUCUUCUUCUUCUUCUUCUUCUUCUUCCUCGGCCUCGGCCGCGCUGUCUUCGUCGUCCUUAGCGCCAUCGAGUGCGCACAACGUUGCCGCCGCGACGCUGGCCAUAGCCGCCUUGCAACAUCAACCCCUAUCGUCGCCAUCGCCAGCAGGGGCCGUGGCGGCCGCCACGUCGGCCGUGGCUGCAGCAGCAGCGACGGCCAACGCCAUGUCUUCUCAAUUGCAAGCGACGCCAAGCGGCCAGUCAGCCGCCGCCGCUGCCGCCGCCGCCGCCGCCGCCGCUGCUGCUGCUGCUGCUGCUGCCAAUCUACCGGCCAGCAGUAAAUUGUGCGAAAAGAACAAGAUGUUGGCUUCGCUGCUGGCCAAGACGCCGGUGUCGGUGUCUCCUCUGUCGACAAGCAUCGCCUCGCCCAAACCGUCAGCGUUGCCUCAGGAGAAAUUGCCCAAGGACUUGAAGGAGAAAAUCCUUCAGACGCCGCCAGUCAGUGGAACGUCCGCUCCGGGCGCCCAUUGGGCCGGAGGCUCGGUGCAAGCCCAGCCCACGACGACGUUGCAACUGCCCCCGCAUCCGCCAAUGCAACAACCUCAACAACAACAACAACACCAACAACAACACCACCAGCAACAGCAACAACAACAACAACAACAGCAACAACAGCAUCAACUUCAGCACCAACUGUCUGGUUCUAUGCUGGCCGAUCGUGGUGGCCUUUUGCAAGCCGGUGGAGGAGGGCCGGGCCAACGGUCGGGAAUGUCGAUCCAGCCGCAACAGCAGACGUCGCAUGCCAAUUCCAUGUUGGCGGCCACCAGCCUGGAGAGCAGCGACGGAGGCAGCUACAGUGUUCACGCCGAUUUCAUGAGUCCGCUGGACGUUCAAAUGGCCUCCGCCGCCGGAUGGGGUGACACGCCGUCUAUCGAUCCAGAACUCUCUGACAUUAUAGAGCAGGUCAUCGACAUGGAUGAAAGAUACGAGAGCGAAACGAUGAUUUUCGGCGAAUUGACGUCGGCCACGCCUCCGCCAGUUACUAUCCAGCCCGUCUUGUCCGUUCAAUCGUCGCAAACGGUCGCGUCGUCGGCUCAGGCGACGGCCAUCGUCGGCCCGCUAGGCCCGCUUCUACAAAUGGACAUUUCCAAUGAGAAACUGGCCAUCACGGCCAUUCAAAAGUCGCUGAUGUCUUACGAGAAAAUAUCCACCGUAGCUCAAAGUCCUCCGGCCUACAAUCUGCCCGGCUAUGCACAACAGGGUCAAGCAGCGCCGACGAGAAUGUCCACUCCAACGUACGGCAUGAAUUCAGCGCCGGCCAGUUCGUUGCCCAUGGCGAAUCAACAACUGCAAACCAACUUGACGAUGCCGCCAGCUAGGAAGCAGAAACUACCCGUUCAGCAAAGACGAUUGGCUAAUCGGCAACAACAACAGCAGCAACAACAACAGCAACAACAACAGUGGAUGUCGCAAGAACAACAGCAACAGCAGCAACAGCAACCAGUUCCUCAGCAACAGCUAUUAGGCGUCUUGCUGAACGAAUCGCCAGUGCAGCACGCCCAAGGAGCUCAGCUCUCACCUGGCGCCCUGCAAAUUAUGGAUGACCUACUUAACGCCAUCCCACCCAACAUGACGAUAUCCAGGUCGGAUUCGCAAGUGUCUCCCAACUACGGUCCAGUGAUGCUGAGCAGUCCGCUGGGCGGGCCACUAGCUUCUCAAAUCUCGCCCGGUCAGCGCCCGAUGCAACCACCUUUUUCACCUCACGGUCCGAUGGGCACGGGAAAUGGAAGCAACUACAAUCAGAGCCCCCAGGCACAAAUCGUCAAUAACAAUGGCAACAGCAAUUUUGCUACUGGAGGGCCUUCGUCUCGCCUGUCGCCAUUUAGCUCAGCACAAGUCUCACCCCGCAUAGGCGCCCCUACUCAAGGCUUUCAACAACAACAACAACAACAACAACAACAACAACAACAACAACAACAGCAGCAGCAACAGCAGCAUGGAGCGCAGCUAUCUCCACAGCCAGGAGUCGGAGCCAGAUCCAGUCCCGGCAUCAGCUUGCAGGGUCAGCCCAGCCCAGGUGUGGCCGUCGGCCCGUGGAACAGCAACAUGCCCAAUCGGCCCAAUCUUCAGCCUCAGAGGCAGCAACAACAGCCUCAGCAGCAACAACAACAGCAACAGCCUCAACAGCAACACUUGCUGGGCUACGGUCAAGGCAUUCGCAGCGGCUACGCUCCCCGACCUGCCAUGCGAUCGUUGGCGAAUUCGGGUCCUCCCAAUUGUGUUGGUCCACCAGGUGCCGGUAGUGGCAACAGCAACAGGCAGAGCUACAGCAACAAUGGCAUGUCGGACAAUCCAGCCGGACCGAAUCCUCCGAACGGAAUAUUUGUACGGCAACAACAACAACAGCAACAGCAGCAACAGUUGAGACUGCAGCGAACCGUGAGCGCACCUAGCGGGGUUAUUCCAGCCUUGUCUAUUGGCGGUGGAUUGAGUCACAAUGCGAGCAGCUGCGGUACCAACACGUCGGCGGGCACCUUCCGACAGCAUUGCAGGGAGGAUGUGUCUACCACCUCCCUCCAUCCCAACACUCCGUCUGCCCUCAUCCACCACCAUCCGCCCCAACCCAACCAACCACCACCGCCUCCUCCUGCUCCUUCCAGUUCUUCCUCAUCCUCUUCCUACCCUUCUUCCCAACAACAGUCACCUCAUCCUUCUUCUCCCGGCUACCAUUUAGGAAUGGGCAACGCAGGUCAGUUGUACCAGCACCAGGGUGGUGCUGGUGGUGGCAAUGGCGGCAGUGGUGGCGGUAGUGGCAGCCGCGGUAGCGCCUCGUCGGCCGCUGCGGCUUCCGUCUACAGUGCCAAAGUGUUGGCUUUCCAGCAAGGCUCGAAUAGAUUACCGCCCCCAAUGUCACUGGGCCAUCCGUCCGGCAGUCAGUCGAGUCGGCCGUCAUCUGCCGAUGAUGGAGUCGAGUCCUUCUUCCAUUUCGAUUCUAUUUCUUCCCACCAACCCUACCAGCAUCCGCACCACCUGCCCUUUCCUCCGCCAGGCCCUUUGCAUCCGUCUGAGCUGCAGCUGGCCGGUGCUGGUGGUGGUGGUGGUGGUGGCCCGGUUCAAGUCGGUGGGCGAAACGAUGGCAGCAACAGUGGCGGAGGACCCGCCAUGGCAUCAGAGUACGUUCGUAAAGAGCUGAAGGCAGUGGUCGGAGCACGAACAAUCCAAAGAGGCUUGUCUGGCCCGAUUGGAAACGUAAAUCAAAAUCUCGGGUCGGGUCCGAUGAACCACAGUUCACCACCCAUGAUGGUGCCUGGUGGUAAGCCACUCAAUCAAGCAGAUCUUGAAGCCCUCGGUCUUAGUUACGAAUUGCCGCAAGGCAAUGAUGGAUUACAUGGAAGAAUUUGGGAUAGCCCCAACAUGGGAGAGUCGCCCUCGCAGACGAUGCCGUCUGUCAGAAAUACGAUGGAAGAAGCUCCACGUCCAGCAGAUCCUCAAAUGUCACUUCUCAAACAGUUGCUCUCCGAGUGAUUUGACAAGUUCGCUAAUGUUUUCCCCUUGCCACCUCGGAAGCCAACGUGUCACUCUUGCCCAAACAAGUCCUCUCCCCUCUUCCCCGUCUCCCCGCAAUCCACAUUUCGUUCACGGACCGUGUGGCCUUACUUAUUGAAAUAUGGAGUCCUCUGUCUCGGUGUGUUUCGCCCCUCAGGGUAUGGGAUUCGUAUUACCAAGCGAACAGCGAAAUGUUGACAAAAAAGAAAGGGAUACCUUGCACUUUGCUCUAGCAAGGCAAACGAGUUGGAGAAAGGCAAGGAAAUGAGAAGACGGUACACGUGAUAUAGCCGAUUUGUUUACAUUUUGCGAACCACAUAACUUUAUCCGUCCGCAGAUUUUACGAAAAAGAAAACUAAAAAAAAAAACCAACCAUGGGUCGAAACAAAUGGGUGCCUAGCUCUUGGCUUCUAUAAAUUCAUUUCUCGUCUUCUCGGACGAGAAAUGGCGUAGUUUCCACUCAAAAUUCUUUUGUCGCCCCAGCCAAAUUUCUUCUUUGGGUCGUCAGCCGUUGUUUCUGUUAUUAUUAUUUACGUAUCUAUUUUUUUUUUCCCCUCUUCAUUAUUAUUAUUAUUUCUUUUUUUUUUUUCGUUGUGCUCCUCGUUUCGAGAACAAUACUCUUCUUAUCACUAGGCGAAGCUGUUCGUAGUACAAUCGGCCCCGAUAGCGAACUUGAAAACCGAAAUGUCUGGGUUGGUCGUAAUAGCCUAUGCUGAAAGAUUUCGUUUGGGCUCCUUCCAAUUUCUUUUUUCUUUCCCCUUUUUUCCAUUUCUUUCGACUAGCCACAAGUGUGUUUUAUCGACUCUUUCCUUGUCCACAUUGUCCAUGUCAAUUUCUUGUUCUAAAGCAAAAACAAAACAAAAAACAAAAAAAAAAAAAAAAAAAAAAAAAAAAAAAAAAAAAAAAAAAAAAAAAAAGAGGGAGAGGCUGAGUUGAAUGGUUGUGAAAAGAAGAAGUUGAGGGCGAGAUAGUAAUACCAGCAGAGAAAGAAGAGAUGGAGCAACAACAGCAUCAACCCUAACGUCGUGAGUCGCACAGCAGUGAAAGCGAGCGAGUAUCAACAAAAGUGUCAGCGAGAGCAUCAACGGCGACAGUGGCAACAAGAGCAGUUGCUAUUUUAUUGCACUUGCGCCGCUGCUUGUGAUCACUGCGAGGGUUUGAGCAUUAUGCCAGGUCUUUUCCUUCCUUUUCUGUGUUACAAAAAUAUUUGUUUCUAGAGGUCCCCACCAGCCCGUUUUUUGUCCUUAUUUAAGGGGUUGUCACCUUUUUCAUACCAAAGUUUAUACAUUAUAAUGUCGUUGU